CUCCACACCAGCUUUUAUGGACGGGUUGAUUGGAAACAAAGUUUCGGUUCUUCCAAUCAAAUUUCUGCGUCGUGAACUUGGAGCUACAUCAAUUUCAUGAAAAACCUUUGAAGCUUUAACUUAAUCAUUUCACACACAAUCCCUACGCAGGAACAAUCCCACAAAUCAUUUUCUACAUAGCGACAAAGAAAUAGAGAAACUAGAAGAGUCGCGCAGGCUUCCUGCGCAUCUGCUGCUGCGAAGAUGGCGACUACUUCUAAUAUGUUUCUCUACUCUCUCACAAUCCAACCUCCCACUACCAUCACUCAAGCCAUCAUCGGCCAAUUCUCUGGCACAAAAGAGCAACAGAUUAUUACAGCUUCCGGCUCAAGGCUUACUUUAUUGAGGCCUGACCCAUCUCAGGGAAAAGUUGUCACUCUUCUAGCCCACGAUGUUUUUGGCAUCAUCAGGUCCAUUGCUGCCUUCCGUCUGGCAGGAAGCAACAAGGACUACAUAAUACUUGCCACGGAUUCGGGACGCAUUGCCAUAAUAGAGUACAUAUCACAACAAAACCGAUUCAAGCAACAGAAACUUGAGACCUUUGGCAAAUCAGGCGUGCGUCGUGUUAUUCCAGGGCAGUACUUAGCUUGCGACCCUAAAGGUCGGGCGUGUCUCAUCGCCUCGAUUGAAAAGAACAAGUUGGUCUAUGUUCUAAACCGAAAUGCUCAGGCUGAGCUUACCAUUUCUUCACCGCUAGAGGCGCAUAAGCCCGGAACAGUUGUACUUUCCAUGGUUGCUUUAGAUGUUGGCUACGCAAAUCCAGUCUUUGCAGCCCUAGAGGUCGACUACACCGAGGCAGACCAAGACCCGUCAGGCCAGGCAUUAACCGAGGUGGAGACUCAGCUAGUCUACUACGAACUUGAUCUUGGAUUGAACCACGUUGUUAGGAAGUGGCAUGAGCCGGUUGAUCCUACUGCGUCCAUCCUCUUUCAAGUUCCUGGCGGCAACGAUGGACCCAGUGGCGUUCUUGUAUGCGGAGAGGAAAACAUCACGUAUAGACACUCAAACCAAGAAGCAUUCCGAGUUCCAGUACCUAGGAGAAAAGGGGCAACUGAAGAUCCUCUGCGGAAGCGUUCCAUCGUUUCAGGUGUCAUGCAUAAACUGAAAGGAAAUGCGGGAGCAUUCUUUUUCCUGUUACAAACUGAAGAUGGCGACCUCUUCAAAGUCACAAUUGACAUGGCUGAAGAUGAGGAGGGCACCGCAACAGGAGAGGUGCGCAGACUCAAGAUUAAGUAUUUCGACACUGUCCCUGUCGCCUCAAGCCUCUGUAUUUUGAAGAGCGGAUUCUUGUUUGUUGCUAGCGAGUUUGGAAAUCACCAUUUCUAUCAAUUCGAGAAACUGGGCGAUGACGAUGAGGAGCUAGAGUUUACAAGCAGCGACUUCCCAACGGAUCCCCAGGCAUCAUAUAAACCUGCCUACUUCUAUCCCAGACCAGCUGAAAAUCUAAGUUUAGUUGAGAGCGUCGAUUCAAUGAAUCCCCUGAUCGAUUGUAAGGUGGCGAACUUGACAGGCGAUGACGCCCCGCAGAUUUACUCCAUUUGCGGAAAUGGUGCUCGAAGUACAUUCAGAACCCUUAAGCACGGUCUUGAGGUCAACGAGAUUGUGGCCUCGGAGCUUCCAGGUGUUCCAUCCGCUGUUUGGACUACGAAGCUCAACCGAGAUGACCAAUACGAUGCAUAUAUCAUCCUCUCUUUUAGCAACGCUUCUCUAGUGCUUAGUAUCGGAGAGACUGUGGAGGAAGUUUUUGAUACAGGCUUCCUCCUGUCAGUACCGACGCUUGCUGCCCAACAACUUGGUGAUGAUGGUCUUAUACAAGUUCAUCCCAAAGGUAUUCGGCACAUCGUCAGAGGGCGAGUAAAUGAGUGGGAAGCGCCACAGCAUCGUUCCAUUGUUGCUGCUUCUACCAAUGAGCGCCAAGUAGCAGUCGCGUUAAGCUCGGGUGAGAUCGUCUACUUCGAGAUGGCUGAUGAUGGGUCAUUGGCCGAAUACGAUGAGAAGAAGGAAAUGUUUGGAACCGUCACCUGCUUAAGCUUGGGCGAAGUUCCUGAAGGCCGUUUACGAAGUUCAUACCUAGCUGUUGGGUGUGAUGAUUGCACCGUUCGGAUUUUAAGUCUGGAUCUCGAAUCCACUCUGGAAAGCAAGUCCGUGCAGGCCCUGACAGCUGCCCCGUCUGCGCUAUCAAUCAUGUCUAUGGAAGAUUCCUCCUUUGGUGGCUCAACUCUAUAUCUUCAUAUCGGUCUUCACUCUGGUGUUUACUUACGGACGGUACUGGAUGAGGUGACUGGUGAACUCACCGAUACCCGUCAAAAGUUCCUCGGGCCCAAGGCUGUGCGACUAUUCCAAACCUCGGUCCAGGGUCGUACGUGUGUUUUGGCUCUCAGCUCGAGGACUUGGUUAGGAUAUGCAGAUCCCAUUACGAAGGGUUUCAUGAUGACCCCGCUAGACUAUAGCGACCUCGAAUGGGGAUGGAAUUUUAGCAGUGAGCAGUGCGAGGAAGGCAUGGUUGGAAUCCAGGGCCAGAAUCUAAAGAUUUUUUCUAUUAACCGGUUGGGAGAUACGCUUUUGCAACAAUCGAUCCCUCUCACGUAUACCCCUAAACGCCUUGCUAAACAUCCCGAUCAACCUUACUUCUACACUAUUGAGUCCGAUAACAACACCUUGGCACCCGAAUUACGCGCCCAGCUUCUGGCCGACCCUGGCGUUGUUAAUGGCGAUGCUGCUGUGUUGCCUCCCUUGGAGUUCGGGUAUCCUAGGGGCCGUGGUCGCUGGGCUUCUUGUAUCAGUGUAGUAGACCCGCUAGUUGAGAAGCGAGUUCUGCAAACAAUAGAUUUGACCGAGAAUGAAGCAGCUGUUAGCAUGGCUACUGUUUCAUUCGCAAGCCAAGACAACGAAACAUUCCUCGUCGUUGGUACCGGAAAAGACAUGAUCCUUAGCCCUCGCCAGUUCACUGCAGGGUUCAUUCAUGUUUACAGGUUUCGUGAUAACGGCAGAGAGAUCGAGUUUAUUCAUAAAACGAAGGUAGAGGAGCCGCCAAUGGCGCUAGUCCAAUUCCAAGGUCGACUGUUGGCAGGUAUCGGCAAGACCCUUCGCGCGUAUGACCUUGGGUUGCGUCAACUUCUCCGUAAAUCGCAAGCCGAGGUGGCACCUCAACUUAUUGUCUCGAUACAAACUCAAGGAAGUCGCAUUGUCGUUGGUGACGUGCAACAGAGCGUGACUUUCGUCGUCUAUAAAUAUGAGAGCAACAAGCUGAUACCAUUUGCUGACGACACAAUACCACGCUGGACAAAUUGUACGGCUAUGGUGGACUACGAGUCGGUUGCGGGCGGAGACAAAUUCGGAAACGUCUGGAUCGUACGAUGUCCGCAAAAAGCAAGCGAGGAAGCUGAUGAGGAUGGGACCGGAGCUCACUUGCAACAUGCCCGAGAGUAUUUACAUGGUUCUAAUCACCGCCUUAGUCUCAUGAGUCAUUUCUACACGCAAGAUGUCCCUACUAGCAUUAGUAAGACAAACCUUGUCGUGGGUGGACAAGACGUUCUUCUCUGGAGUGGAAUACAAGGAACCAUUGGUGUGCUUAUCCCGUUCGUCAGCCGUGAGGAUGCGGAUUUUUUCCAAAGUCUUGAAUCACACAUGCGAACUGAGGACCCGCCACUUGCUGGAAGGGAUCACCUAAUCUACAGGAGUUAUUAUGCUCCUGUUAAAGGUGUUAUUGAUGGCGAUUUAUGCGAAAGAUUCACGUUACUACCUAGUGAUAAGAAGCAGAUGAUCGCAGGGGAGUUGGAUCGCUCGGUCCGAGAGAUUGAAAGGAAGAUAUCAGACGUUCGAACUCGGUCGGCAUUUUAAUGGAAACUCGGGUAUUGGUGUCGGGAGUUAUUUGGUGUCAUGUAUUUAUGAAGAGAUUCCCUGGGAUGCUAACAUUAAACCACCACAUCGAAUGGUGAGUAUGGGAGUUCAAACAAUUUCAAAAAGCAUUUUGCUGCCCGAACA